UCUAUCUAAGAUACCCCACGCCGCUUGCAAACUUCUCACGACCACGAUAGGGCGCAAGUUGUCCUAUAGACGUAAAGACCUGGUAAUACUAGAAUUCAAGAUACGUCACAGAGCAUCAAGACUCCACUACGAUAUAAAGAACGAAAAUCGGGACAAGUCGACCAUAAUCCCCGCAUCCGCAUCCGCAUACAACCUUGAACAUAUAUACAAACAUACACAUAACAUAACAUAACAUAACACCGCAGCCAUGAAGAUCAUCUCGAAAGAAGAGGAGAAAGCGCACUACACUCAAGUGCUUAAGGGCGGUCUCAUCGGCGGCACGCUCGGCCUCGGCCUUGGGUUGGCCGGCGUGGUAUUGGGAUCGCGGCGGUACCCAGCCUUCCGGUCCCUCACCCUACCCUUCCGCGCCUUCCUCGUGACGUCGACGGGCACGUUCGGAGCCAUCGUAAACGCGGAGCGGUACUCGAACGCGUUCCAUAUGGCGAACAAUCCGAUGAAUUUCUACAAGGACGAGGCGCAGCGCACGCAGGAGCUGAUCCGGCAGCAGGAGACGACCAUGCAGCGCCUCAAGGAAUGGGGCCGCAAGAACCGGUACUCGAUCGUGUUCGCGUCGUGGGUGGCGUCCAUGGGCGUCGCCAUGGCCCUCGUCAGCCGCAACCGGUACCUGACGGCGUCGCAGAAGAUCGUCCAGGCCCGCAUGUACGCCCAGGGCCUGACCCUGGGCGUGCUCAUCGCCACCGCCGCCUUCGAGACCGCCGACGCCCGCUCCGGCACCGGCCGCUGGGAGACCGUCAAGGUCCUCGACCCCAACGACCCCGAGCACAAGACCCUCAUCGAGAAGCGCGUCCGCAAGGAGGAGUACGAGGGCCAGGACCUCUGGAAGGAUAUGGUCGCCGCCGAGGAGCGCAGACUCGCCGCCCAGAAGGAACACAAGCAGGAGAGCUCCCAUUAAAAUAAUAAUAAAAGGAAAAGGAAAAGGGAAAGGAAAAGGAAAAGGGAAAGGGAAAGGAGAAAAACGGAGACGAAAACAUCUGCCUGAUAGAUAACGAUGGCGGUGACGGUGACGGUGAUGGCAUCGUCCGAUGCUGGGGAAAGAA